UCUGCCCCUCCUGCUCUCUACCUCCCCGCAGCGCCAAGCCGGCGCCCCAGCCCGGUGAGCCCGACGCAAACCGCUGAGAGUUUGCCGAGCUGCCCCCCGGGGCCCCGGCAGCCGAUCCCGCUCGGGCACCGACGCCAGCAGGCGAGGCGGCGAGGCGGCGCGGCGGAAGACAAACAAGCGCGCGCGCGCGCGCGCGGGGAGCCCCGAGAGGGCGGCCGGGCGGCUCCCGCCGCGCCCAGGUCUCCACUCCCGCGGCGGAGCGGCGCUCGGAAAAGUUGGACUCACGGCGGCCGCGCGCCGGACAGCGCCGGAGCCCCCGCGUCCCGUCCCCGCGGCGCCCCGGGGGAGGAACCUGGCGCUUCCCGCCGCCCGAGCCGCGCGCGCUGCCUAACGCGAGGGCCGAGCGCGCCGCGGGCCUGGGGGGCGGCGGGACGAGCGCGGGCUCACGGGGACCCAUGCCGGCGGCCAACCUGAUGGAGAGCCUGCAGCUGCCCGCCCUGCAGGUGCCCGGGCCGCAGGGCGCGCCCCAGGGCAGCCCGGUCUGGUCCAGCGCGUCGACCCCCACGCUCCGCCGCCGGCGCUUCAAGAUGCGCCGCACGAAGAACGUGCAGGAGCAGAGCCUGGAGGCCGGGCUGGCGCGGGACCUGCCCGGCGUCCUGGCCCCCGGCAAGGAGUUCCUGCAGCUGCCGUCCAUCGAGAUCACGCCCUCCAGCGACGAGGACACCCCGUGGUCCAACUGCUCCACACCCAGCGCGUCCCCGCGCCGAAAACGCUUCCUCCUCCGCAAGUGGCUGCGGGUGAGGCAGCCCAAGGAGUGCAGCGAAAGCAGCAGCCAGCAGAGCAGCCAGCAGAGCAGCCAGCAGAGCAGCCAUGAAGAUGAUUCCAGCAGGUUCCUGAGUCCUCGGGCCCUGGAAGAGAGCACUGCCAGUAACUCAAACCGCAGCACGCCGGCCUGCUCCCCCAUCCUCCGGAAGCGGUCUCGCUCGCCAACCCCGCAGAACGCGGACGGUGACACCAUGGUGGAGAAGGGCUCAGAUCACUCCUCGGACAAGUCCCCGUCUACCCCAGAGCAGGGGGUGCAGCGCAGCUGCUCCUCACAGUCCGGCCGGAGCGGUGGCAAAAAUUCCAAGAAAAGCCAGAGUUGGUAUAAUGUGUUAAGCCCCACCUACAAACAGAGAAAUGAAGACUUCAGGAAGCUCUUUAAGCAACUCCCAGACACGGAGCGCCUCAUCGUUGAUUACUCCUGCGCACUCCAGAGAGACAUUCUUCUUCAGGGCCGACUCUACCUCUCUGAAAACUGGAUCUGCUUCUACAGCAACAUCUUCCGCUGGGAAACGCUGCUGACUGUCCGUUUGAAAGACAUCUGCUCCAUGACUAAAGAAAAAACAGCUCGCCUCAUUCCCAAUGCCAUCCAAGUUUGCACUGACUCGGAAAAGCACUUUUUCACUUCAUUUGGGGCCCGGGAUAGGACGUACAUGAUGAUGUUCCGGCUCUGGCAGAAUGCUCUCCUGGAAAAGCCCCUGUGCCCCAAGGAGCUCUGGCACUUUGUUCACCAGUGCUAUGGGAACGAGUUGGGCCUGACCAGUGAUGAUGAGGACUACGUGCCCCCUGAUGACGACUUUAAUACGAUGGGCUACUGCGAGGAGAUCCCCGUAGAAGAGAAUGAAGUGAACGACAGCUCAUCCAAAAGCAGUGUAGAGACCAAGCCGGACGCCAGCCCACAGCUGCCCAAGAAGUCCUUCACCAACAGCACCCUGACGUCCACAGGGAGCAGCGAGGCCCCCGUCUCGUUUGAUGGCCUUCCCCUGGAGGAGGAGGUGCUGGAGGGCGAUGGGUCCCUGGAGAAGGAGCUCGCCAUUGACAACAUCAUCGGGGAAAAGAUUGAGAUCAUUGCGCCCGUGAACUCCCCUUCCCUGGACUUCAAUGACAAUGAGGACAUCCCCACCGAGCUCAGUGACUCUUCCGACACCCACGAUGAAGGCGAGGUGCAGGCCUUCUACGAGGACCUGAGCGGCCGGCAGUACAUGAAUGAAGUCUUCAACUUCAGCGUGGACAAGCUCUAUGACCUCCUGUUCACUGACUCGCCCUUCCAGCGGGACUUCAUGGAGCAGAGACGCUUCUCGGAUAUCAUCUUCCAUCCGUGGAAAAAGGAAGAGAACGGAAACCAGAGCCGAGUGAUUCUUUACACCAUCACCCUGACCCACCCUCUGGCUCCCAAAACGGCCACCGUCAGGGAGACCCAGACCAUGUACAAGGCGAGCCAGGAGAGCGAAUGCUACGUGAUCGACGCCGAGGUCCUCACCCACGACGUGCCAUACCACGACUAUUUCUACACCAUCAACCGCUACACGCUCACCCGCGUGGCUCGGAACAAGAGUCGACUCAGGGUCUCCACAGAGCUGCGCUACCGAAAACAGCCCUGGGGGUUAGUGAAAACCUUCAUCGAGAAGAACUUCUGGAGUGGGCUGGACGACUACUUCCGCCAUUUAGAGAGUGAGCUGACCAAAACGGAGAGCAGCUACCUAGCUGAGAUGCACAGACAGUCCCCCAAAGAGAAGGCCAGCAAGCCCCCGACGGUGCGGAGGAGGAAACGCCCCCACGCCCACCUGCGGGUGCCUCACCUGGAGGGGGUGAUGAGCCCUGUCACCACGCCCACUGAUGAAGAUGUGGGCCACAGGAUCAAGCACGUGGCAGGUUCCACACAGACGCGGCACAUCCCCGAGGACACCCCCAACGGUUUCCACCUGCAGAGCGUGUCCAAGCUGCUGCUGGUUAUCAGCUGUGUUCUGGUGCUGCUGGUCGUCCUUAACAUGAUGCUCUUCUACAAACUCUGGAUGCUGGAAUACACCACCCAGACCCUCACCGCCUGGCAGGGUCUGCGGCUCCAGGAAAGGUUACCCCAGUCUCAGACAGAGUGGGCCCAGCUCCUAGAGUCCCAGCAAAAGUACCACGACACCGAGCUGCAAAAGUGGCGGGAGAUCAUCAAAUCCUCGGUGAUGCUCCUUGACCAGAUGAAGGACUCCCUCAUCAACCUUCAGAACGGCAUCAGGUCCCGGGACCACACGCCAGAAAGCGAAGAGAAGAGGAGCCGCUAUCACUGACAAGGCAGGGGCGGGGGCGGCCGCCGGAGGCCUGUGCAAUACAUGUACAUAGAUCAUAUAAAUAUAUAUAUAUAUAUAUAUACAGAAUAUAAAUAUAUAUAUAUUCUAUACAGAUUUUAAAAAGAGAUAAUGCCUAUGUACCAGGGAGCAGGGCCGCCUGCUGUGCCGGCCGGCGGAGGGGCGGAGGAGGGCAGGGACCACCGCUCAGCACCGACCUCCCCUGACCCUCCUCCUCUCCAUCCCCUCGUCCGCACCCUUUCCCUUGCUCGCCGUUCUUGGCUCUGAGAAGGGAAGUGUUAUUGAGCCAAAGUUAAUGCCUGUGAAGACCCUGAGGUCUUAAAAAGAAGUCUCAAGGGGCAUUGCUUACGGUGCUUCAUUCCCUGAUUCCCUUUUGAUUCAUUUCCAAAAUAAAAGAGAAUCUUUCCUUCCCUA